AUGCUAUUACACUCGACUGCAUCACAACAUAGUUUCACUAUCAACCAUAAUGGAAACAACGAACGAAGAAUAGAAACUCCUAAUGACAAAUCCUUAGGCGAAACCGAUCUUAAAGAAGACAUCAACGGUUCGGAUUGGAAUAAGAUAAUGCCAACAGCAAAAUCUCCGUCGAAUGAAGAAAUAGAAACGAAUGCAACGGAUAUUGAACAUGUGAUGGAUGCUACUACUCCUUCCAUCAGCAUCAACAACAGCAAGGUUUGCUUAUUAGAACCACUAUCCGAUGAAUGUCUGAAAACUCCCAACAUUUUUCAGAAGAUUUCUUAUGAAAUUUCAGAUCACAACGAAGAUGAUGGUGGUGAUGAUGAUGAUGAAUGUGAUAUACCCGAGCUCGUUGAGGAAGACGAUUCUAUUCUGGCGAGUAUACGAUUGGAUAUCUUGCAUCCAGAACCAGCAUCCGUUUCCGCAGUAUCCGAAGUGCCAACAUCCAUCUCAUCCGCAACUUCACCGCAAACUCUGUUUGCCACACAGCAGCCCUUUGGCACUUCAAGACCGACCAACUCCAUUCUCAAGACAUCGAUCACCACUUCUGGUUUCAAGAACAAGAAGAAUAAUGGUCCUACACCACGUCGGAUCCGUGGCAUGUGGGAUGUCAACAUUAUUAUCAGUGGUGACAGCGAAAGUGACACAGCUGACAAUAAAACUAUGAAAAAGAAGAAGACUCCCAAUGUUUUCUCACAACUCCGAGAUGAAACCAUUAUUCAUUGUCUUUCCUUUCUUGCGGGAGAGCCCAUUGAUUUGCUGGCGGUAUCGCAAGUGGGUAGAAGAUUUCAUUCGUUGGUCACCACUUCCUUGUCCCUUUGGAGGACAGUGGAUGCUACUAACUUUGUUCAUCAGCAAUUCAACCAACACUCCAACAGCGGCGAGGCAACUACCAAGACCUUGGCGAAACUACUACUCAAGUACCCUCCAGAGACCUUGAUUAUCCGAGACAUUGGCGACAAACUACACGCUGAUGAAUCAUUCUUGCCUCCAGCUGGAAGGUUGAAGAAUCUGACCUUGACCCACUUUGAAGAUUUGACGGAUACUCACGUGCACGUAUUGUUGCUGCUUUUGGCCCUACCUGUCAAGCAAUAUCAGAAGAAGAAACUCGUGCAAGCAUCCUCCUCCUCCUUGCAACAGUUAUCUUUGGAGUACUGUCCUAAGUUGACCAACGCAACCGUUCGGUCCAUCGCUUCGUCGCCAAGCUGUGUCGAGCUGCAAUCGCUAUCAAUCAGAGGAAAUUCUGGCAUUUCUGAUCUUUUACCAAUCGCUAAGCUACUGCAAAUCAAGCCAGGGACAACGGUUCCUACCUUGCGUCCCAGAAAGCCAAGUUUACCGAAUCCGCUAGCAAGCCUCUUUGGCGGUCCACCAGCACCGUCAACACCUAAACCUCCAAGACAUUCUCCUCCGGCAGGAUUAAACUCUUUGUUUGCGCCACCGCCACCGAAACCUGGCCCUCCGGCAGGAUUGAACUCUUUGUUUGCACCACCGCCACCAAAACCUGCCCCUUCAGCAGCAGGAUUGAACUCUUUGUUUGCACCACCGCCACCGAAGCUACCAGUGUCAACAAUGGAACUACAUAAGACUGCAGCACACUCUGUCACUGCAUCGCCACCAAGAACUAGUGCUCUUCAUUCCUUGUUUGCACCGCCGGGAAGUUCCCCACAACGCAAUCAAAGUCUCACCACAACACCUACAGCUACAACAAAUACAAAUACAAUGUCUCUACCAAAAACUACAAUUAUCAAAAGAGGCAUCUCCAACAGUACGAGCCAUGCAACAAUUCCAAGCUUGGGCCGCAACACAAGCAAAUCUUCCACCAGGGCCUUGUGUACCAUCGAUAUUCGAUCGACUGGCAUUAAACCGCAAUCAUGGUUGCAAUGCUGCCAAGAGACCACCACCUCGUCUUCCUGUAAGCUUUGGCUCCAAUCCUUUGCCAUGGAUGGGGAUAGUUGGACGGACCAACUAUUGAAAGACUGGGCCGAUCUCGUCUCCCUUCGUGACUUGAAAGUGCUAAAUCUCGCAACAGCGAUAGCCAAUGGUGGUGUUGGUAAUGGGGGUAUUACCGACACCAAGGUUCUGGAAGGAGCGACAUGGCUACAGUCACUCAAUUUGAAUGGCCAUAAUGUCAGUGACACGACGACCACGACGAUUGAUCAAAGCAACAAAUAA